UGCGGCUUGCUUGACUCGGACCAGUGACGCCAUCUUGAAAUCGUCCCGACCAGAGGAGGAGAUGGACUUCGGAAAACCAGCUCGUCCUGAACUCGAUAGCUGCAUUAGCUAGACGGAUUAACGGCAGCUUUAGCGCUUAUUGCCAUCAUAUGAUAGUGUUUCCACUUGUUCAUUGAAGUCUUUUCAAUCGGAGGACGGUUGUUUGGCCCACUUUGGAGCGGGCUACCACACCGGGAGGAGGAAAGCCUUGUAAUCGGUUGUUUCCCCGCUGGAGCGGACGGAGCUGUGGCUGUGGCUGUGGCCGGGCUGCCCCGCCGGACUGUCGGACGAAGCUUCCACACGGAAUAUAUUCAACAACAACUAGAACAAACCUGCUGUUUUUUUAUUUACAGAAGGAGGGUGGAAAUGCAAAAUUAAACGUCGUUUUUAUGGCUAUGUGACGGAGCUUACCGACGAGAAGUUUGAUUGGAGAGCGGAGUGCGCUCGAUUUCCAGUCCGAUGGAUAUUAGCUCUGCCCGGCUGAGGCUCGGCUCUGUGCGCCGCUCUCCUGAAAACAGCACCAGCACAGGUGAACACGUCUGUUCAUAACAAUGCUGCAGACCUGACAGGUACAUGACAGCCCCGGCUCCACUGCUAACAAAUCUACCAGUCUGUAAACCUGGAAAUACCACCAACCAUCCCCUCCUGCUCUUCAUCCUCCUCUUCCUCCCUUCUUUUUUUGGACUAGUCAGGCUUGCAUUACCUGGGAUAUUUUGGAUUUCGACAUGUUAAAGAUGCCCGUUUUCCAGAGACAGUGCUCCUCGGAGCUGCAAGACAUUUAAUUUGACUCAGUCUUUUUGAGGUUGUUGUGCUUUUUUCUUUUCUUCUUCUUUUUUCCCCCAAAUUCUCUUUAUAAUCAGAGGAUCAGAUUCGGAUGGAAAAUGGGAGACGCCACCAAACUGGCCUUCGCCGUUUUCCUCAUCUCCUGCUCUUCAGGUGCCAUCCUGGGACGCUCAGAGACGCAGGAGUGCGUUUAUUACAACUCCAGCUGGGAGAAGGAGCGGACAAACCGCAGCGGCAUCGAGACAUGCUACGGCGAGAAAGACAAGCGGCGGCACUGCUUUGCCUCGUGGAAGAACGUCUCCGGCACCGUGGAGAUCCUAAAGCAGGGCUGCUGGCUGGACGACGUCAACUGCUACGACAGUAACGAGUGCGUGGAUAGGGAGGAGGGUCCUGAUGUUUUGUUCUGCUGCUGCGAAGGCAACAUGUGCAACGAGAGGUUCCUGUACGCCCCUGAAGCGCCCCCGCAGAGCGACCCGCACCAUUCAACCGCCUACACCACCUCCAACCCGUUCUCCCAGAAGCCUCAGCUCUUCAGCACCCUGCUCUACUCGCUGGUUCCCAUCAUCGGCCUGGCCGCCGUCGUCCUCUUCUCUUUCUGGAUGUGGAGGCACCACAAGCUGGCCUACCCGGCUGCCCUCGUCCCAACACAUCACGCCUUUCACAUUAUGGUGGAGGAUCCCGGACCCUCACCCCCGUCCCCCGUUCUGGGACACAAACCGCUGCAGCUGAUCGAGGUGAAGGCCAGGGGGCGCUUCGGCUGCGUUUGGAAAGCCCAGCUGCUCAACGAAUAUGUGGCUGUGAAGAUCUUCCCCAUACAGGACAAGCUGUCUUGGCAGAACGAGUAUGAGAUGUACAGCGUGAGCGGCAUGAAGCACGACAACAUCCUCCACUUUAUCGGCGUGGAGAAGAGGAACAACAACCUGGACCUGGACCUGUGGCUCAUCACCGCCUACCACGACAAGGGCUCUCUGACGGACUACCUGAAGGCCAAUGUUGUUUCCUGGAACGAGCUGUGCCACAUUGCCCAGUCGGCGGCCCGCGGACUCGCCUACCUCCACGAAGACAUCCCCGGACACAAGGACGGCCACAAACCCUCUAUCGCUCACAGGGACAUUAAGAGCAAGAAUGUGCUGCUGAAGAAUAACCUGACGGCCUGUAUAGCUGACUUUGGCCUUGCACUGAAGUUUGAGGCUGGAAAAUCUGCAGGAGACACGCAUGGACAGGUGGGAACGCGGCGCUACAUGGCUCCUGAAGUCCUGGAGGGCGCCAUCAACUUCCAGCGCGACUCCUUCCUGCGUAUCGACAUGUACGCCUUCGGCCUGGUCCUCUGGGAGCUCGCGGCACGGUGCACCGCCGCCGACGGCCCGGUGGACGAGUACAUGCUCCCCUUUGAGGAGGAGGUGGGUCAGCAUCCGUCUCUGGAGGACAUGCAGGAGGUGGUGGUGCACAAGAAACUGCGACCAUGUCUGAGAGACUGCUGGCAGAAACACACGGGUCUGGCCAUGCUCUGCGAAACCAUCGAGGACUGCUGGGACCACGAGGCCGAGGCUCGGCUGUCCGCUGGCUGCGUCGAGGAGCGAAUCGGCCAGAUGCAGCGCCAGGCGCCCAUAAUCGGCCCCGAGGAGAUCGUCACCGUCGUCACCAUGGUGACAAACGUGGACCUCCCACCCAAGGAGUCCAGCUUAUGAUCAGCCAAUCAGACAACGUUGGAUGCGGAAACACGGAUCAACACGAGGGGAUAAACAGCCGACCCUGGUUGGUUGGCUUAGUGUUUUGUUUUGUUUUUCCUUUUUCUUCGUUUGCAUUUUUGUCUGUUUUUCCUUUUCUCUCUUAUUUUUUUCUUUUAAGUGCAGGCCGCUACUUGCUUUUCAGGAAACACCCUGCGCCCACCUCACCACAUCAGUUAAUAUCCACCUCAUUUUUGAUAUGUGUGCCUGAGGAAUUUUAACAUUUUAUCGGUCAAGACGAUUCAGGAGAUUUACCGCGACAAACGACGUCACCGUGCCGUGACCAUGCUGGGACGACAAACUCUUUUAUCAUGUAUUGUUUUUAUAUACAUACACACACAUAGGAGGGUGACCUGUUCUGCUCGGUUUUCUACGGAGAGAGAAGAUCUUGCGGAGAAAUUUCACAGAACUCUCAGUACAUUUUAGUGUAAAAAAAAAAAGAGAAAAAAAGACGAGCGACCUGGCUCUUGAUACAUUUGCUGUUUUCUUGUGUGCGUUUUUUGAAGAAACGACUAUCGUUCUGCCAAUAAGCAACGGCUUCUGAAUGUUUAUAGUGUAAUGCUGCUGUACAUAGUGUAUUAUGGACCCAGACAACUUGGUAAUCAAGCUUAUUUUAAAGGGGGGACGGGGGAGGGGGGUCCAUUUUCAAGCAUUACGACGAUAAAAACCAUAAACCUCCUUCAACCAGGUAUACCUCAGUUCAGAUGGACACAGUUUAAAUUAGUCCCUCUCCCUGUUCACGGUCAUAGCUCACACUUUCCACAACCUUGGCUCUCCAUGACCUCCAAACAACCUGCUGUCAGCCAUGACGCUCAUGGGUAAUGUAGUCAGCAAAGCCUCGAUAUCCAUGGCCAUACACACUGUAAACACAAGUUUCUCCCUGUUUCCUCCCUUUUUCUCAAGUCUCUAGUUUUGCUCCACUUUGAUUUUAUCGACUUUCUCCUUUUGUUAUUUUUGUUAUUUUUUAGAUUUUCUGACAAUGGGAUAAAAAAAAAGAAUAACAUAGCCCCAUAAUGAAGUUGUAAGUAAUUAUAUUUUCCGUUUUGGUUUGCCGUGUCAACUGUCAACGGAGUAAUUAUCACUGACAAGCUUAAUUUUGGUCAUGAGAUCUGGAUUUAUGGAUUUCUAUGUCUCUGGAUUAGCGCUGGGUACCAACCAAGAAUAAUUCUUAAUAUUUGGUAUCGCAACCAAGAUGCCAAACUCUUGGAGCAUCUUGUUCUUCUCAUUUUGUGAAAUUUGUCAUCUGAUUCUUUUUCGAAAAAGCACCUGGUCUGUUUAUUUUAAGAUAUGAAGUGCAGUACCCAGCCCUACUUUGGAAUUUGUAUUUAGCUGAGCCAGCUUGCUUUUGAUUUGAUUGCACACAUCGUUUAUUUUUUCUUUUUUUGGAUUACUAUCAAGAGUUUCUGCUCUCUUUUGAUACACCUCAGGAAUCUUUGCUACUCACCACCCCCUUGCAUCCUUCACCUCCUCCUCACCCUCACCUGUCUUGAACUGGAGUACCUCUUCUCUUGCUGACUCUUACGCUUCCUCUGUCUCUUUCUCGCCUCGUCUCGACUUGUGAAGGUUCAGCCGUGCUGUUGUGAAACUUAAAUUUGAGCCAUCAUCUAUUCAGUCUCUAGCUUCUGAUUGAACUUUGCCUAUUUAUGUAUGAAGAGUUCAUUUGCAAAAACGGGUAACUCCGUUUUCAGAAAACUCAUUUUUUUAUUGUUUACUUGAGAUAAUAAUAAUAACAGUAGUAAUUUAUUUUUUCUCUAUUUUGUCAUGUAGUUUUCUACUGAGUCAAAUCCACUGAACUUCAGUUUGAUUGAUAUUUUCUCAAGUAAACAAUAAAAAAAAAGUUUUCUGAAAAUUUCUCAAAACGGAGUUAUCUGUUUUUGCAAAUGAACUCUUCAUACACAGGUGUUUAUUUAGAGCUAAGUCUAAGGCACCAUCAUCCUACCCAUGCACCAUUUGCAUUUCCCCAUGACUACUGAGAACAACAGAUGAAGUAGAGGUAGGCCAGUGUCUCUCCAUGUGCAAAACACGUUGCCCUCAACACCCAGUUGCAGGGGCACCGUUGCUGUAUCCUGGGUUAAGCACUGCAUUAGAUGAUUGCAGUUGUUUUAAAGAAAUAAAAGCCAGUGUUUUUCUCUUCUAUUGGAGAAUUUGUGUAGUGCGGAUGAGUCGCUUUUUCAAAACUGAGUAGAAACAUAUUCAUAUGGGCUAGUGGUGGAUCAGCAUUUUUGACUUUGGCCUACUGAUCACAGGGUUGAAGCCCCAGAACCAUCAAGCUGCCAAUGCUGGACCCAUGAGCAAGUCCCUUAACCCUCAUGAAUCUAACUUACUAACAGACAGGGAAAUGCAGAAAGACAAUUUCUCCUUACCAGAUCAAUAAAAUACGAUAAGUGACUAAACAAGUACUGCAUCAAGGACUAUAGCCCUUAUGGAUGUGUCCAACUGCCCCAUUGCUGUUCUUUUUGUGGAUGACAUGGUUGGUCUAGAAUGAGAUCAUGGAUACAAGUGGCUGAAAUUAGGUUCCUCUGUUGGCCUUAGAGAAGUGAGGAGCAUGGGGUAGAAUCGCAUCCAAUUAGGUUGCCUCCAGGGCAACUUCCUAUGGAGGCUUUUACAUUGGGAAAGUCUGAGGAAACUCCAUUGUAGAACAGAACUUAUUGGAGGGAUUACAUAUCUCAUCUGGCCUGAGAACAUCUUUGGUUGUCUCCAGAGAAAUUGGAAAACACUGCUGAGAAGAGGGAUGCCCAGAGUAGCUUUCUGCCACUGUGACCCAGGGAAAUGGAUGGAUGGAUGGAUGGAUGGAUUUAUGGAUGGAUGGAUGAUACAUGAGGCUAGUGGCUACUUCUUUGUCCAUGUUGAUCCAAACAUCUGUCUCUAGAAGGAAGCCAAGAAAUCCUGAACUCAGAGUCUGGUCAGCAAGUUAAGGAGUCUUUUAGUCUGUGUUGUGGCUUUCUUGUAAACUGGGCGGAUUCGUGACGAACUUUUACGGUAAUUUUUAAGUAAGACCUUUGUAGCCCCGGACAAGAUGCUGGAUAGCAUAACUUUUCCUUAUCAUUUCGACCCACCCAGCUUUAGGUCAUCAAUUUUCACAAAACAAGUAAGUAUUUCAGUCGAGCUUUGUGUAAGGAAAAGCCAGAGGCUCAUUGGAGUACCAUGUAAGAAAACACUUAAGGGUUCAUCAGCAGAAAACAAACACCGGCGGUGUUCCUCAGGGAGCCUGUUCGGAUCCUCUUGCAUUUAAAAAAAACCCUCCUCGAAAGCUCUCUAAGAGCAGUUGCAAUACUGCACAUGUGAUAACACAAUCAUCACAGUUUUCACAAAAUAAGUCAGAAUUUAAGACAAACUCCCACUUUAAUGCCCCUCAUGCAGCACUAAAACUAACGAUAACCAAACAAUCGCAGAGCUAUCUUCAGUUCAGCGAGUCGAGACGAGGAAUCUCUCUUUCUCUCUUUCAUCCUGGUGCCAUUUCUACGUCUCCACAUUAGUUACUCUUGUAGAUGUCAGGCAAAACGGAUGUAUCUGUCGCUGUUGUUGAGGCAACGGCGACAUUUUUGAGUCUUUAUUUCCUCUGAGGGACAUUGAACACUGGUGCCGGCAGACCUGCAGUCUCUCCUCAAGCUUUGGGAUGGUUUCGCGGGGCGCAGUUUAAGCUCAAGUGCCAGUGCAGAUGUGGAAAAUGUGAAGAAACUUCUUUUCACCAAACCAGUUCACAUUCAGGACAGUAGUAUUUUGAGUGCUGUAAAACUCGGGGAAGUAAGAGCCAGGGUUUACAAGUAAAACACUAAAAAAUAUAACUGAUUAGUAAUCUCUUGCACAAAAUUUGGAUAGGGGAGUCGAAGCUUCCAUUCUUUUUGAGCACUUUCAUGAUCCCCAGUUUCAUAUCUAUACAGUUUUUGGCCCAAAUGGUUUAAUAAGUUAUCCUGACUGGCUUAAGGAAAUUAAAAUAUUGACAGGAACUAAAAGGAUUCUGAGAGUUAAGAUUUGCUCAAUAAAGGCAGGAGAAGUCCACCAAGUUUGAGAUAUCACUUCAACUCACGAUAUUGCAACAACACAUCAAACCUGAAGGAAGUCAAAGCCAUCAUCUCGUUAUUUACUUAAUGUAGCACGAGUACAACAUUUGCAUUGCUUCCUAAUGCUGCUCUGCUGUCUUUUAAUUAACGCCGUCUACGAGUCCUCGUGAACAGUCAGGGACGAUCAAUACUGCAAACCCCAGCAGCCCUUCAAUAAGUACUACCUCACUCGCAGGGAUUUCUUUGGGGUAGAAAGUGUGGCAAAUAAACCAAAACCAUAACCAGGUUUCCUACAGUAGAAAAGGGAUUCAAAUUCUUGAGUUAACUUCACUUGUUCCCCAUAAAGGCUAAAAAGAAGUUUCCUCAUUUUUACCACGAUGCAUUUUCUCGUCCUAUAAAGGGUUUUCAUAACGACUGACCAACAGCAGAAGGAUAUUUCGACACAAACACAUAAAACCCCACCAGUAUUACCCCCUUUUUUUGCCCUCAAGUUUGUGUCCUCAAAUUCUUUACAGUGUUUUAGCAGCCAAGUUUUUAUAAGCAACCUGCCAAAGUGGCCGCAAGAGUCGACAAACUUUUCAGCCACAGCAAACACACUUGCUAGCAUUUGGUUGGCGGUUUCGGUGGAUGCCGGCGGAUGUUGUUGAGUUUAAACAGCGCUCGCGAAACUGACCCAAACCGACAAAUACCAUUCAGGGAUUCAGUACUAUGCUUUUCUAAGUUCUAGCAAGUUAUAUGCAACCAGUGCCGCAAACUACCCUACACUUCUGUAGGACCAGCUGCAGGAGUGACUUUCAAUACACAAACACACACACUUACACACACAAAUAACUUGUAGCAUUUUAAUUUUUUUUUAAAUAAUCCGUGACCUUGCAUAUUGAUAUGUUGUAUUUAUUUUUUAAUUUUACCGGCCUGAGGUUUUUGGGGAUCAGAGCUCAGGUGCAACUUGGAAUAAAGUUGGCACGAUUUUUUUUCUUUUUUUUUGGCGGUUGUCGGUUGGGGGGAGGGGGUGGGUGGGUUGUAAUUCAGGAAAUACUUUCAUUAAUUCAAAAAAGAAAAAAAAGAUAUAAACUGUAACAUGCUUCUUUCAAUUUAGUCUAUGGACAAAAACGACCGAGAAUGAAUGUUUCUUCAGACUCCUGGAUUCCAGUAUUGUGUGUACUUUGAUGGAUUGAGCCCGGCCCCAUGUAACUUUAGAGGGCUUUGCGUUUGGCUGGUUUCGUGUGAUUGUGCCCUGUCCUGUAGGAAGCAGUAAAACCAGCAAAUUGGGAUUUCCACUCAUACGCCUCUUGAGCAACCAAAAGUAAAGAAUUGACCACGAACAAACCUCUUUAUACAGCAUCUUUAGCUCGUCUUUGUCCAAUCUUCUGCCUGAUGAAAGCAACCGGAGACGAUCCUAUCUGCCAUUUUGCCAAACAAAUCUCUAUUCCGACUCAUUUAAAGGUGUACGAAUUGGUUUUCCCAGCGUGCGGGCUUUACGAUUUUCUACCACGACCUCCUCCAGCCCAGCACCUCACAUUGCUGUGCAUAUAAACUACCAGUGAAACAUUUGUGUCUUGUUGCCCCGCCCCUCCCCACACUAUUUUACGCAGUCUAGGAUCUGUACAGACAUGAGAACAUAAAUACCUGUAUCAACUAUAUACUCUGAGCUGAAUCUUUAUAAGUGCGUGUUGAACUUCAGUGUUUCCUCUACAUUCAUUUAUACUUUACUUGUGUUUCGACUCGGCCUGGCUGCAUUUAAUAACGGCCCCCUUCACUAAAUAAUGUUUCAGUCGAGCUUUGUGUCAGCUAAAAGCUAGAGGCUCAUUGGAGUACCUUGUAAGAAAGCACUCAAGGGUUCAUCAGCAGAAAACAAACACCGACGGCGUUCCUCAGGGAGCCUGUUCGGAUCCUCUUGCAUUUAAAAAAAAAAAAAAAAACCUCCUUGAAAGCUCUCUGAGAGCAGUUGCAAUACUCCACAUGUGAUAACACAAUCAUCCACUACAGGUAUUUCAUUCCAGCACCUCCUCCUUUUUCCCCACUUCUUGGUAAGAAUUUUAGAGGAAACAUUGAACUCCAGUGACCUCGCCGCUGAGACCGUCUUGGCUGCAAGAUGAGUCCAGUUGCCAGGCCUGAAAUUUCUACGAAAAGACAAUAAUGAAAAAAAAAACACUACAAGCGUUUUUGACCCCACAUUUCUCGACGCUCUGGAGUCGCAGCGCUGAUCCAGGAUACGGUUUUCUAGUCAGUAAUGAUGUUCACAAGGUUUUUUAAGGCCGGAAACUUCAGUGGGUUGCGUCUCUUAGCGGUUUCUUUACUCCUGAUACACGUGACUGUAUGUUGCCGACUCAAAAAUAAUGUGAAAAUGGAAAGAAACUGAGGUCUGUAAUUUCAAACCGGAAAGUGUAUGAAGUACAACAGAAGCAUCCCGCUGGGUUUUGUUGAGCAGGAGUGAGUCUUUACCAGCUCCAGGGGUUCUCAUCCCUUUGAAAAGUAUUAUAACGGAGGAAAGCCUUAAGAAACCCGGAGUUCGUUAUCUCACAGGAGAGAAGGGAUCCCUGAUCAGCGCUGGGACUCUCAGCCAAUGGUUUUUAUCAGCUGAAGUGAUCCACGUGAUGUAAAUAAAUGUGUUUUUAGAUUGUGAA